CCUGCCUCAAGAGGAUAGGCGCUGGUGUUUUUUGUGUCAUCGACACCAGAAAUACUACUUGGAAUAAGGCUUCAGUAAUCCUAAUAAAGGAUGCUUUCUGCAGUCCAUAAAAGGCUGGGACUGCCUGUUUUUCAUGGUGUAAUUCUGUUGUGAAUUGAAUGAAUCAUUUCGCCUCUUUGUCUUAGAAUGUCUGAGGGUACUUAACAGUCUAAAAAGGGAACUCCAAACGGUUUGAUGAUAAGUCUAAAUUAAAGUGAUGUUAACGUUGUUUUCCCUGUCUUCAUUAACAGCUCACACCGAGCGCCAGAAGGAAAUCGGCUAUCGUUUGUUAGGCCUAUAAAGUAUUUAAACAACAGUGAUUACCUCCAGGACGUGUUGUGAUCUGUUACAGGAAUGUGUUUCUGAUCGAAUCUCAAUCAUGUUGUCAAACUGCUUGCAAAAUUUCUUAAAAAUGACAAGCCCUCAUGUAUAUCCAAGAUUAUGCCAGCGACUAAUAGGAAGUAAAAGGAGGUUUUCCGGAACUGUGCCAACGUUCAGAUUUCGUAGGCGGGUUGUCAUUACAGGCAUUGGCUUAGUGACUCCUCUGGGUGUUGGAACUCAGCUGGUAUGGGAUCGUCUCAUCCGAGGAGAGAGUGGAAUUAUUUCAUUGGUUGGUGAGGAGUAUAAGAAUAUCCCUUGCAGUGUUGCUGCUUAUGUGCCAAGAGGUGGUGAUGAAGGUCAGUUCAAUGAACAAAACUUUGUGUCCAAAUCCGAUAUCAAGUCCAUGUCUUCUCCAACCGUUAUGGCCAUUGGGGCUGCAGAGUUAGCCAUGAAAGAUUCUGGCUGGCACCCUCAAUCAGAAGCUGAUCAAGUGACUACUGGAGUUGCAAUUGGCAUGGGAAUGGUUCCUCUUGAAGUUGUUUCUGAAACUGCUUUGAUGUUUCAGACAAAAGGUUAUAGUAAAGUCAGCCCAUUCUUUGUCCCUAAGAUUCUGGUCAAUAUGGCAGCAGGCCAGGUCAGCAUUCGAUAUAAACUCAAGGGCCCCAAUCAUGCAGUGUCUACAGCCUGUACCACAGGAGCUCAUGCUGUGGGAGACUCCUUUAGAUUUAUAGCCCAUGGUGAUGCUGAUGUGAUGGUGGCUGGAGGUACAGAUUCUUGCAUUAGUCCUUUAUCUCUUGCUGGGUUUUCCAGAGCCCGUGCUCUGAGCACAAACCCUGAUCCUAAGUUGGCAUGUCGACCAUUUCACCCCAAAAGAGAUGGUUUUGUAAUGGGAGAAGGUGCAGCUGUGCUGGUGCUGGAAGAAUAUGAUCAUGCCAUUGAACGAGGGGCACGGAUCUACGCAGAAAUUUUGGGCUAUGGACUCUCAGGUGAUGCUGGUCACAUAACUGCGCCUGACCCUGAAGGAGAAGGUGCCUUAAGAUGUAUGGCUGCAGCUGUAAAAGAUGCAGGUGUACCACCUGAAGAGAUAUCCUAUGUCAACGCGCAUGCUACUUCCACCCCAUUGGGAGAUGCUGCUGAAAACAAAGCUAUCAAACAUCUUUUCAAAGACCAUGCACCUGCCCUUGCAGUUUCUUCAACUAAGGGAGCCACGGGACAUCUGUUGGGAGCCGCAGGGGCAGUUGAGGCAGCUUUUACUGCUUUGGCUUGUUAUUAUCAAAAACUACCACCUACUUUAAACCUGGAUUGUACAGAACCAGAAUUUGAUCUCAAUUAUGUUCCACUAAAGGCACAGGAAUGGAAAAUUGAGAAAAGAUGUAUUGGACUCACCAAUUCCUUUGGUUUUGGUGGUACUAAUGCAACACUUUGUAUUGCUGGCAUGUAGGACAAAUAAUUUGUAAUUAAAUAUGGUUUUUUUAAAAAAAUAUGAACUAUAUUAAAUGGAGAAAUAAAUGUUUACAUAAAUAUAUCAA